CCUCUUAAGGCGGCGCGCGGGGACGGGGUCAGAGAGCGGCGAGGUGAUGGCGCGCGGCGGCAGGAGCGUGGGGCGGCGCGCGGCGGCCCCGGCCCCGGCCCCGGCCCCGGCCGCGGCCCCCGCCAGCCCGGCCCCGGCGCCGGCGGCGCAGCCCGGGCUGAUGGCGCAGAUGGCGAGCACGGCGGCGGGCGUGGCUGUGGGCUCCGCCGUGGGACACGUCGUGGGCAGCGCCCUCACCGGCGCCUUCAGCGGCGGCUCCUCUGAACCGGCCAAGGCGGCGGCUCCCGCCCAGGAGCCCAGGCAGCAGCCCGUGUACCAGCAGUCGCCCUAUGGACCCUGCCACUAUGAGAUGAAGCAGUUUCUGGAAUGUGCUACCACUGAGAGAGACCUGACCUUAUGCGAGGGCUUCAACGAGGCUCUGAAGCAGUGCAAGUAUAGCAAUGGUGUUUCUUCUCUCCUGUGAAGAAUCUGCCCCCUUGUAGAGAAGAGGAGGUUGGUGUGGAGCCUUGCAGGAAGCAGAAGGACAGACAGGGGAUGAGCUGGAGGGAGCAGACUAGGCAGGAGUCUUCUAGUGGUAAUGUACUUCUGGACAAGUAGGGAAGGAAAGAAAUGGUUGGACCUGCGGGACUUGGAGUGCAGAUAGUGCUGUAUUACUACAGAAAAAUAAAGGAGUUUAUUUGGACCUA